GAUUUUCAUGUCCGAAAAUUAGAGGUUCUGCUUCUAUUCUUCUCUCUCUCUCUCUUUUUCCUUCUCUCUCUUCUCUCUUCUCUCUCUGAGUUCUCGCGCAUGUUCAGUGAGAAGGAUUUUUCUCACUCUCCCAACGCCAAGAAAAUCCAAUCUCUCUCCCGUGGGUGGGUCUGCUGCUUGUCUCAGAGCUGACAGAGAGACCAGAGGAAGAGCCUCUCAUGAUUUUGGGCCCUUGAGCUAAUCAUUUGGGAGCUGGUGGUAUUCUUGUUCUGAUUCAACAAACAUGUCUCAGACCAACUGGGAAGCUGAUAAAAUGUUAGAUGUGUAUAUCCACGAUUAUUUGGUGAAGAGGGAUUUGAAGGCCACAGCCCAGGCUUUUCAGGCCGAAGGCAAAGUUUCAUCUGAUCCUGUUGCUAUUGACGCACCGGGAGGUUUUCUUUUCGAAUGGUGGUCAGUUUUCUGGGAUAUCUUCAUUGCAAGAACCAAUGAGAAGCAUUCUGAGGUUGCUGCUUCAUACAUUGAGACACAGUUAAUAAAAGCUCGGGAGCAGCAGCAGCAACAGCAGCAGCAGCAGCAGCAGCAACCACAGCCACACAAUCCACAGCAGCACCAACUGCAAAUGCAGCAGAUCCUGAUGCAGCGUCAUGCACAGCAGCAGCAACAGCAGCAGCAGCAGCAGCAGCAGCAGCAGCAGCAGCAGCAGCAGCAGCAGCAGCAGCACCAGCAGCAGCCACAGCCACAGCAGCAGCCUCAGCAGCAGCAGCAGCAGCAGCCACAGCAGGCACAGCAACAGCAGCAGCAGCGCAGGGAGGGGCCAGGUGCAGCCCAUCUAUUAAAUGGAAGCUCGAAUGGAAUGGUGGGAGGGGACCCCCUCAUGAGGCAGAGCCCUGGUGUAAAUGCUUUGGCCACGAAAAUGUACGAGGAGAAGCUGAAACUGCCACUCCAGAGGGAUGGUUUGGAUGAUGCUGCCAUGAAGCGUUUCGGGGAUAACGUGGGCCAGCUUAUGGAUCCUAGUCAUGCAUCGAUCUUGAAAUCUGCUGCAGCAAGUGGUCAGCCUUCAGGGCAAGUGUUGCAUGGAACUGCUGGUGGGAUGGCUUCACAAGUUCAAGCUAGGACUCAGCAACUACCAGGACCUGCACCAGAUAUCAAGCCCGAGAUCAAUCCAGUGCUUAAUCCAAGAGCUGCUGGGCCAGAAGGAUCAUUGAUAGGAAUACCAGGAUCUAAUCAAGGCGGUAAUAAUCUCACCCUGAAAGGAUGGCCUCUGACCGGUUACGAUCCACUUCGAUCAAGCCUUCUCCAGCAGCAGAAGCCCUUCAUUCAGAGUCCACAGCCAUUCCAUCAGUUACAGAUGCUGUCCCCGCAGCACCACCAGCAGCUCAUGCUUGCGCAGCAGAGCUUAACCUCUCCCUCUGGGAGUGAUGACAAUAGGCGGAUUAAAAUGCUUCUAAACAGUCGUAACAUGACUCUCGGGAAGGAUGGGCUUCCGAAUUCAGUAGGAGACAUGGUUGCCAAUGUCGGAUCUCCUUUGCAGGCGGCUGGAGGGCCCCUUUUCCACCGUGGAGAUCCUGACAUGGUGCUUAAGUUGAAGAUGGCCCAAUUACAGCAGCAGCAGCAGCAGCAGCAGCAGCAACAGCAACAGCAGCAGCAGUUACAGUCAAACAGUAACAUACAGCAGCAGCUUCAGCAGCACGGACUCACAAAUCAGCAGCCACAGGGCUCGAAUCACAAUCUUCACCAGCAAGACAAAAUGGGUGGGGCUGGAAGCGUGGUCAUGGAUGGCAGCAUGUCCAACUCCUUCCGAGGAAAUGAUCAGGUUUCAAAAAACCAGACUGGGAGGAAAAGGAAGCAGCCCGUGUCAUCUUCAGGUCCUGCCAACAGCACCGGAACUGCAAACACGACGGGUCCAUCCCCAAGCUCUGCUCCCUCUACGCCCUCAACUCAUACUCCCGGGGACGUAAUCUCUAUGCCUGCUCUGCCUCACAGUGGAAGCUCCUCGAAGCCGUUAAUGAUGUUUAGUACUGAUGGGCCAAGCACUCUAACUUCGCCAUCAAAUCAGUUGGCUGAUAUGGACCGCUUCGUGGAGGAUGGAUCUCUUGAUGACAAUGUCGAGUCUUUUUUAUCCCAUGAUGACAUCGAUCCCCGUGAUACUGUGGGUCGGUGCAUGGACGUUAGUAAGGGAUUCACAUUCACUGAAGUUAAUACUGUUCGAGCAAGCACCAGCAAAGUGGUCUGCUGCCACUUCUCAUCCGAUGGAAAAUUGCUUGCAAGUGGUGGCCACGACAAAAAAGCUGUUCUAUGGUACACGGACACUCUGAAGCCUAAGACGACACUUGACGAACAUGCAUCUAUGAUCACAGAUGUCCGUUUUAGCCCAAGCAUGCCGCGUCUUGCCACAUCCUCGUUCGAUAAGACCGUCAGAGUCUGGGAUGCUGACAAUCCCGGGUAUUCUCUUCGGACGUUCAUGGGACACAAUGCAACUGUGAUGUCUCUCGAUUUUCACCCGAAUAAGGAUGAUCUCAUCUGCUCUUGUGAUGGGGAUGGUGAGAUACGGUACUGGAGUAUCAAUAACGGGAGCUGUGCCAGAGUUUUUAAGGGAGGAAUGGCCCAGAUGAGAUUCCAACCGCGUCUAGGGAGAUAUCUUGCAGCAGCUGCUGAGAAUGUCGUUUCGAUAUUGGAUGCGGAGACACAAGCUUGCCGACAAACCUUGCAGGGUCACACAAAGCCAAUCCACUCUGUAUGUUGGGACUCUACUGGAGACUUACUUGCAUCAGUAAGUGAGGACUCUGUCAGGGUAUGGACGCUCGGGUCAGGAAGUGAAGGGGACUGUGUGCAUGAACUGAGCUGCAACGGCAACAAAUUCCAUUCGUGCGUGUUCCACCCCACAUGCCCGUCAUUGCUUGUGAUUGGCUGUUACCAGUCAUUGGAGCUCUGGAACAUGUCGGAGAACAAGACGAUGUCCCUGCCGGCACAUGAUGGGCUUAUCGCUGCCUUGGCCGUGUCCAACGUGACGGGGUUGGUUGCCUCAGCCAGCCAUGACAAGUCGGUCAAGCUAUGGAAGUAGGUCCGGAUGAAAAGGGAUCGGCUGUAAUCUAUGCGGUUGUUAAAUCUCUUCUGGUGUUUUCUCAAUAUCCAUCCUCAGAUUCUGAAAAAGGAGAAGAUCUAAGCUCAGUGAGAGACACAAAUUGGGGAGGAACAUUAACCUCUGUACUGUUUCUUUAGAAUGCUCUUUUUUGUUUCUUGGGCUGCUUUUGUAAUGACAUUUCCUGUUAGGCUUCCCUUAACAACAAAGAGACCAACGUGUAAAAGUUCCAGUGUUUUUCCAUCUGUUUUCUUCUUAUAUCGAAAUACGAAUAACUCGUGUUUUAA